AUGAAGCGCUUUAAAUUCGUCUCUGAUAAUUCUUCCUCGGCCUCCCAGCCCGUUAGGAGUAAAUCCACUAAGAUGAAUCGGAAACCCCGUUCGGAAGACCACUGUAUCGAUGAUACGCAAAUAGCGCGGAUUCUAAGUAACAAGACUACUACAGUAACAGGAGCAUUUAUAUCCGUGCUGGAAGUAAAAGAUACUCGUUAUGACAUAGGGGUAUAUGGGAAUUUUCUCGCAGAGAUCCCUCGACGUCUUGUGACUAGCGCCGCGCUUGAUGCUUCGAGUGAUGAAAAUACUAAUCACGGCGAAAUGUUGAUAUAUUUGUUGAAUGCAGGUGCGGCGCAGGGUUGGAAAGAUAACGCCAUCGGCAUUCAAAGUCUAAAACUACAGGUUUUAGCAAAAGUCCCGGAGUACCUGAGAAAUCUAGAGAUACACCUGCCUGUAAUAAAAUCUACUUAUCAUCAAAUGAAAAUCGACCUUUCAACCUUGCGACAUUCUCUAGAAAAUCUCGGUCGAGCCCCUCAUACCAAAACACUACAUUCUCGCUUCCAAGCCGUGUAUAGUCUCAUACUUGCAUUCACCAACAUUCUGAAUACUUUCCUUCGUGCCUUUCCACACGAUGAUAAUUCUUUGCUUCCUGAAUCUGUGGCAUACUUUGACGAAACUAUUUCUCUCGCGGAAGAUGCUCUCCAAUACAGACCAUCAGGGUCGUCUACGAUGCCAUUGGUUCCUACGAGUGCUUGGGUUGCUACAAACGAUAGUUCCCGAAGAAGUAAAGUCGAGAAGCUGUUGGAGGAAUACCAGUCUGAUUUCUCCAUUCUAAAUUGGAUGGAAAUUGCUUUUUGGCUGGAAGCAAGACGGGGCAGUGUGUACGCAUCAUUCCAGAAUUACGGUGUUACCACGGCAAAACUAUCCAAUGGGAUUUGA